CCCCUAGCCACAGCUUUUCUCAAACUUCCAACCUCCUUGUACACGAUUUGACAUCAUAGUUUAUUCAGAUGGUCUCUUAGUAACCAAAGAACUCUGCAAAUGCACCAGCUGGUGCUAGGUGGGAGAUUAGUAGGGAAUGCAAAGCAAUCCAGCCUGCCACUCAGCUGAACGCUGGCCUUCACGGGGGAAUGCAAGGAGCCCAGAAUGGAAAGGAACCGGAGGAAGAGGAAGUGUUGGGAGAACUGGAAGGGGUCAAUGAGGCACUAAUAAGGAAACACCAGCUUCCACUCUCCGCACAGUCAGCCUUCAGCUACAUCCCACCCCGACACAAGGACCCACCGGAACUUAGUUAUUUUUACCAGGAGAGCAAGACAGGAAUUGUGGCCCUGUAUGACUACAUUUUUAAAAGACCGAUCAGCUAUGAUGCAAAGCUCCAUCGAUGUGACAGAGAACACGCAAAAAGCAGAGGACUUCACAUUAAUGACGAGGAAAAGAAAAGGCCUGUAGCUAUCUUGUCUUCUUCUGAAUAUGGGCGGCAUAUCAACAAACCUGUGGAACAGCUAAUCCGAGACUACGUCCGCAUUAAUCACGUAAAGGCUGAGUUCUACAGAAAAAAUGGAAUAGCUUGCUUGGUAGAAAAAUGA